AUGGUCUCACCUUGUCUUAGUCCAAGUAUGCCUCAAAUAUUCUUCAUUGAUUUCCAAUAUUUGACAUUUACUCAUCUUGACUUAGCAUUCAGUGUUCAUCAACUGUGUCAGUUUAUGCAUCACCCAACUUCUACUCACUCGGAGGCUGCUAAACAUGUUCUCAGAUAUGUCAAAGAGACAUUGCAUCAUGGUAUUGAUUUCUCACCUGGUUCAUUGACUCUUUCAACCUUUAUUGAUGUUGAUAGGACUGGGGAUCCAUGUGACAGAAGAUCCACUACUGGUUUAUUGGUUGCAUUCCCCAAUUUGGAUUCAUUGACAAUUUCUCAUAUGUCUAACCUGAAAAUUAUAUGGCAUGAUAAAUUCACCCCUGGCUCUUUUACGAAGCUUCAGUCCAUGACGGUUCAAUUCUGUGAAAAUCUUAUGAAAAUCUUCCAAGUUAAUAUGCUGCCAAGAUUCCAGAGCUUGGAGUCCCUUGUAGUAGAUGAUUGUGGUUCGCUAGAAGAAAUGUUUGAACUACAAGGGCAAGAAGUUAUCGAAACACGUGCACACACUCAGUUGAAAAAAUUACUUAUACGUCGUCUACCGAACUUGAAGCGUGUAUGGAAUAAGGACCCCCAGGGAACUUUCUUCUUACAAAAUCUACAAGAAGUAGAAGUUGUGGAGUGUGAGAGUUUGAAGAAUUUGUUUCCAACCUCAGUGGCCAGAUCACUCCAGCAAUUGGUCAAUCUUCGAAUAUGCAAAUGUGGGAUUGAGGAAGUUAUUGAACAGGAAGAAAGUGCAAAGGAAGAUGUGAGAUUUGUGUUCCCUAAAUUGACUCUCUUGAAGCUUCGAAUGUUGCAAAAACUCAAGUGGUUUUACCGAGGGGUGCAUACUUCAGAAUGGCCAUUAUUGAAAACCUUGGAGGUAUCUAGAUCUAAUGAAAUUCAAAUAUUUGCUUCAAAGAACAUUAGAAUUCAAGAACCAAAUGAACAGAGUCAACUAGAGGCAUCCAUUCAACAACCACUUUUCUUGGUUGAAAAGGUAAGAGACUAA